AUGGCAACCUGAUCAAAUUUUAAUUUACAAAAUGGAGCUUCACCACUUAUAGAACAAAUAAUUUUUUUUCAUGAUCAUACUUUAAUUAUUUUAUUAAUAAUUACUAUUUUAGUAAUAUAUUUAAUAAUAAAUUUAUUUUUUAAUAAAUUUAUUAAUCGAUUUCUAUUAGAAGGUCAAAUAAUCGAAUUAAUUUGAACUAUUUUACCUGCUAUUACUUUAAUUUUUAUUGCAUUACCAUCUUUACGGUUAUUAUAUUUACUUGAUGAAUUAAAUAAUCCUUUAAUUACCCUAAAAUCUAUUGGUCAUCAAUGAUACUGAAGUUAUGAAUAUUCAGAUUUCAAAAAUAUUGAAUUUGAUUCUUAUAUAAUUAAUGAAAUAGAUAAACUUAAUAAUUUCCGAUUAUUAGAUGUAGAUAACCGAAUUAUUUUACCAAUAAAUAAUCAAAUUCGAAUUUUAGUUACAGCAACAGAUGUAAUUCAUUCCUGAACUAUCCCUUCUUUAGGAGUAAAAGUUGAUGCUAAUCCAGGGCGUUUAAAUCAAACUAAUUUUUUUAUUAACCGACCAGGAAUUUUUUUUGGGCAAUGUUCAGAAAUUUGUGGAGCUAAUCAUAGAUUUAUACCUAUUGUUAUUGAAAGAAUUUCUAUAAAUAACUUUAUUAACUGAAUUAAUAAUUAUUCAU